AUGCACAGGCACCCACCAUCAUCGCCUCUGUUUAAUCGAUGUCCUCAAAUCAACAUUCAGGCCGCCUGUCUCGCUACCCGGCUGCGACCUACACCCAACCCGCUGGCGCGCCACUGCCAAAAGCAGCUGGAGGCCUACCCCGACUGGCGAUCGCUCUACGCCGACCCGCGGCUGCCGUUCCACCUCGACUUGGGCUGCGGCAAGGGCCACCUCGUCUACCACCUCGCCUGCGAGCACCCGGAGAUGAACUUCCUCGGUCUGGAGCUGCAGGAGGAGCGCGUCAAGCCCUUCCCCGCGCUGCCCAACCUCGCCUACGUGUGCUGCAACGUCAACGUGAGCCUGGAGCCGUUGCUCAAGUCCUAUGCGAGCCACGCCGUGGCGACCGCGACCGCGAUGACGGUGAAGCGCGUAUCGAUCCUCUACCCCGACCCCUGGUUCAAGAAGCGGCACGCCAAGCGACGCAUGGUGACGCCCGAGCUAGUGCGCACCAUCCACGGCUUCCUCGACGACGGCCCCGACAGCGAGGUCUACCUGGAGACGGACUUUGGGGAGGGCUUCUUCGAGGCCAAGGACAUCUUCCUCCGGGAUAGCUUCGUGCUCGAGACCGACGAGAAGCACUUCCCGCCCUGUCGCUUUGGCAUGAGCGAGUUUGCGAUGUGGGUUCGGGAGGAUCCCUCCAUCCGGAUCUUCACGGCCACCUUCCGAAAGGUGCCUCGCAACGCUACGCAGUGCGAGGAGGCAACCACACCACCACCCCACCCCAACUCGGUUCCACCAGCCUGA